AUGAGAAACUACAGUGAUUACCAUCAUUUCGAACCGCGAAGUCCAGGGGCACAAUAUCCUCUCUUUGAGACUACUCCGGUCUAUAGGACGCCUCCACUGGAGCAGUCUGUGUCCUUCACUGACACCGCCCGGCCUGGAGACUUCGUUAAUUCUUCAUCAUGUUCUAAUUCGGUAUCAAAUUAUAACGACUUGUCGCACCUAGAUCCGAAUUUUCCGCGACAUCCAAAACCGGUUCAAAGUCCAUCGGCUCUACUCCAGCAUCCAUGCCCGCUCGCCAUGGCUCCGAGUUUUACCCCUGACUCCAAUUACACUAAUUACGCUUGCAAUCUCGAUUCUAGAAGCUACAGUCUUCUAGUUGAAAAUACUACGACUGAGUCACCACUGACUGCCUCCAGGUUCAGCCAGAACCGUGCGGCAGCUGGUAGUGAAAACUUCUGCCAGUCGCCGUCAUAUCCCGAGCUUUCACCAGCCUAUGGAGAGAAUAUUCCCAUUUUACCCCUCCAAUUUCAUGAUGAACAGCAAGCACCAUCGCGUCAGCAAUUUACGUUCUCCCAUCUACGGGAGCCAUCAAUGGAGCGCUUAAGUCCGAACCUAGGGGCCACUGGUUUUCCAUGGUCGCCAGAGCCUUCGCGCGUGUCUAGCCCAUCGGAAAGGUCUAGUAAUGUGCAGUUUAGUCCAGAGGCCACGACGGCUUCCACAGGCCACAAUUUGUCCGGUGGAGAGACUGAUGAUGAAAAGUCGGAUGAGCCCUACUCCAAACUGAUAUGGCGAGCACUUCAGUCUGUUCCUGACAAUAAGAUGGCUCUGAAAGAGAUUUACGAAUGGUUCGAAAAGAACACGAAGAAGGCAAGGAAUUCGGAUUCGAAAGGCUGGCAGAACAGCAUAAGGCAUAACCUUUCAAUGAAUGCGGCAUUCGAGGGUGUGAAAGAUACCUCAUCUCCUGAUGGAACCCCAAAGAAAACGGCGAAUGUAUGGGUCCUUACCAAAGAAGCUCUCCAAAACGGAGUGCAGUCAACGACAAGAUACCGAAAAUUGGGGACACACAAAAAGUCUUCAAAAUCAGAACAUCCGGCUCCUCAACGCCAAAGCUCUGGGGCGAAAGGUGGCAAGGCUGCCAAGAGAAAUGCCAAAAUGAGGCGUGUUAACCAGGAGCCUCAUGUGGAGCAAACGGCUAACAGGGGAGUCGCUGGCUGUUACUACCAACCCCGGGAUGACAAUAUUGCGAUUCGUAACCUUCAUUACCCUCACCAGAUAUUUUCUGACCAUUCAAACGGUUUCGCAUCGGAUAGCUUUGGCCUCCAGAGUGUGAUCGACACGCAUCCGGACUCGGGGUUGGGCGACAAUAGCUCUUUUUCCUAUCCCUUAUUUCCAGAGAGCAAUGAAUUUAACCCUGUCUUAACGACACAUGAUGGAGACUUAAAUUGA